ACUGUGUUUUCGGAGUCCUCACUACGGCUGUGUCCGGAGAGAGAGGAAGCUCCUCCUCCUCCUCCUCCUCCUCCUCCUGCUGGAGCUUCACACCCGAGCAGGAGCGUGACAGUGACGGAGCAGAGCCCAGGAGGAGCAGGAGGAGGCGAGUGGAUGGAGCUUCCUGGCGGGGACAUUUCGCGGGACGCGCGGCCCUUUUUGAGCGAGUGAGCCGCGGGAGGAGUCGGGAGUACCCGGAGAAGAUGGGGCCCGCCGGCCUCUCCCGCUGCUGGAGCCUCUGCUGCAGCCUCCACGUCGUGGUCCUGCUCCUGCAGACGGCGCGGGCCGGCGCAGGCCAGUGCGACGCCGUCUUCAAAGGCUUCUCCGACUGUCUGCUGCAGCUGGGCGAGAACAUGGCCUCCUACCCCCAGGACCUGGACGACCACCAGAACCUGCACCAGAUCUGCACGUACUGGGACGACUUCCACUCCUGUGCCAGCACGGCUCUGGCCGACUGCCAGGAGGGGGCGACAGACCUCUGGGAGAAGCUGAAGAAACAGUCGCGCAACCUGGAGUUCCGAGGAAGCUUGUUCGAACUGUGCGCCGGCAGGAAUGGUGCCGGCGAGGCCACCGCCGCCGCCUCGACGCUCCUCGCCAGCCUUCUGACUUGGCUCUGGCUCUGAAGUCCAACACCAGUGGACCAAUCACCCCCCGCCCCCAUCGCCCGGACCCGGCGCGCCAGGGUCGCCUGCAGCAGGGGCCAUGUUUCCGCUCUGACGUCGUCGUGUUACGUAGCCCAUCGGAUUCCUUUCAGUAUGCCCCCCCCCCCCCCCCCCCGCCCCGCCCCGCCCCCGCAAAAGGUUGGGGUCGAAGGUCAGACAAACUUUGAACCCACAGCCUGUUGUUGGACUGAGCUGUUGGUGAGAGGAGCACGUCAUGCUACAUGCUAACACGCAGCAAUAAUCCCAGAAGUCAGGCGGCACAGUACUCCGCUGGCUUUGGCUCCGUGACAUCAAGAGCUCCUCCCACCUUUUGUACGCCGUCACUUGUUACGAAGCAUGUUUGCUAACUCGCUAGCUUCCAACUCAGAACAUGACCUUUAGCACUUAGCAAUACCGGCAGCGGCGACAUGUCCGUCGGCUGCAGAUUAGACGUCCGCUCCCUCCAACGUCUGGCGAGAAGGAAACGCGUUCACGUAGAGUGGCGGCGGCAGCAGCAAUACGGAGACUGGACGCCAGCGUAGCUUGAAACAAUAACCGCCGUGGCUGAAGAGCGACUCGACUGUUUAGCCCCGCCCCUCUUAGCCCCGCCCCCUUCCAUACACAGGAACUCAUCGUAGACGUGGUUGGCCACGGCGAGCGCUCGGACCAGAGGUCGGCGCGGCGUCUGGCGUUUAUGGACGACUGGACCAUAAAACAGUAUUGUAGAUGAUUUUAUUGACGUUCAUAAAUAGAUUUCAAAAAUAAAGAAGGAAAAACCAAA